AUGAUCGAAACAAAGGAAGACUUAUUCAAUGGAAGAGAUGGAUUCGCCCAAUACUACAAUAAGAAGCCAAAAUCCUUUUAUUUGUUGACCAUAAUAUUGACCCUAAUACUGUCGGGCUUUUUAUUUGUGCUCUUUUUUAUACUGAACUCCAGAUUUGGAUUCUUUAAUGAUCAAAGUCGGGACGAAUGGAGAAUCACUAUGUUGAUGGAGGAAAUGGACGGCUUACACAAGGAAAUCAGGGGAUUAAAAAAGGAAUUGGCAAUAACUUCCUCAAGACAAUAUGCCCCAAAUACUGAUAAUCUCAAUGUAUUAACUCUCGAAGCCAUCACCCCUUCCCCAUUUGAGGAAGAUAUGGCAGCCCUGGUCGAUGAAGAAGAGAAUGUUAUCAAAGACUCCUUUAAAAAUUCCCAAACUUCCAAUAUCAACAAAGAAAAUAUAACCACUAAUAGUAAGGGUGUUAGCACAUUACCUCAGCGCAAGAUGAAUAAAAGGUCUAAGAGACAGGUCAAUCGGGAAAGCGGUUUUACAGGAUAUUACAAUGUGGGACACCGAAUUCCAGGAGCCUCCAGGACAAAUGGGAAUGGAAAAGCCGUUUUACAUGGGGUAUCUGGCAACAUAGGUGCCGAGGCUUGUCAAUGCGAACCAGGACCAGAAGGAAGAACUGGGGAACCUGGUCCUAGAGGGGAAACUGGAUUUCAAGGUCCUCCAGGUGGUAGAGGUGAGAUUGGUUCCAGUGGUGCACCAGGCCAAAAUGGACUCCCCGGACCUCAAGGGCCACCGGGAUCUCCUGGAAGUAUAGGAAUGAAGGGCAUGACAGGUGAUAAUGGAACUCCAGGGCAGCCAGGUAAUGAUGGACCAAUUGGCCAACCUGGUCUGCAAGGCCCAACUGGCAGGGACGGAUCUAAUGGCUUUGAUGGAAAAAAUGGUGAUCAAGGGAGAGAUGGUACUCCAGGCAGAGAUGGUCAAGAUGGACAACCUGGUUUAGAUGGGAGACCAGGCAAAGAUGGCCUGCCCGGUGAGCCAGGUAGAGAUGGUACAGAUGGAAAAGAAGGCCCAACAGGAAUGAAAGGAAUGAUAGGUCCUGCAGGUCCAAAAGGACCUCCUGGCACUCCAGGAGCCCCAGGCUCUAAUGGUUUACCCGGACCUCCAGGGACCGUGAUGGAAUCAUUAGUUAAGGGAGAGCCGGGCCAAGAUGGCACACCAGGAGAACCAGGGCUUCCAGGAAGAGACGGACAACCCGGAACUCAGGGUGAACCUGGAAAUCCAGGGUAUACAGGACCAUCUGGUUUGACCGGACCUUCAGGCCCACCAGGAAGGGAUGGAUUAGAUGGCCCAAGAGGUCUGCCAGGAGUCGACGGCAUACCCGGAGAAGAUGGUUCGAGAGGUCCAUUAGGUCCCAUAGGUCCGUCUGGCCCUAAAGGGGACAGAGGCGAGGAUGGAGUCUGUGCUCAAGAUUGUCAAAAUAUUGCGAAAUCUGCUCUUAGAACUGAAAUGAGCACGAUGAAAGGAUUACCUUAUACGAUAUGGGGCUCAUUGACUUGUAAUAGAAACGAGGAACUUCUAUACUACGGACAAAUGGCGAGUGGUCAUUAUCAUUAUGUCGGAAGUGGUGGUAAUUAUUUGUGCAUGCCGGACUCUCCUAAAUUUGCUAAAUACCAAGAUGGCUUGGAUUCGGAAGCUUUGAUAUUCGGCGUUAGGUACAGUAUAUUAAAAACUGUUGUGGUACUGGAUAAACAACAUCAAGAAGUUCACAAUCAAAAUGCUGCUUGCGCGGUUUGCCUGGACACUCAAAAGACCAUUCAAAUCAUGAUCCCUGGUCAAAGCAUGUGCCCGAAUACCUUUUUAGUCAUGUAUCAAGGUUACAUUAUGUCAUCCAAUGAAUUGUACGCUAGAACCGAAUACAUAUGCGUUCAUUCCAAGGUCGACAUCUAUCCAAAUGGUAGCAAUGCCACCGAUGCUCCUGGUAGCCAAUUAUAUGUUGUGGAAUCUCAGUGCGAGCUUUUAAUGACCGAGAAUAGGAUAAAUAAAUAUGCUGCAGAGGUUGAAAAAAAAUAUGAAAAAUUUUUGUCUAGACGCGAAAAUUUGUAUCCAAAUGGUAUAAUAACCCAAGGUUUAAAAUUAUUACACAGUGUAGCCAAUCCGAUAAGAUCUAAUGAAUAUUAUAACGAGAACCCAGUAGUAUUGAGUUCGAACAUAAUAAUAAAAACCAACCGAAACACUUCUAAAACUGUCAAUAUUUGGACAGAGGAUAUUCCAGAUAUUUUUAAAAUAUACCAUUCCGAAUAUAAGCGAAAGCUUGAAAGAGAUGACAAUUACAAUUACUAUGAUCAAACUCAAGAUGUUCCUUUUUCUAAAAUGUUUGAUGACAAUGGACACCUAAAAAGAAAUAAUGAUCUAUAUGUUUACCAUAUUGAUUUGGAAAUAGAUGAACCUAUGUAUUCUAGGCCAAGAAGAUAUUUAAAUAAUCAUGACCAAAAUUUAAACAACUUUCACAUUAUUGUAAAUAUAACAGACGUUGAUGAUAAUUCAAACAACAUCCCUAGUUCGGGAGACGUUCCUGUAGAAAUAAAUGAUGAAAAUCAAAAUUAUGAAGAAUGCAAAAAAGAUAAAAAAAUGAUAGAUGAUAGCGAGCUCACCAACAUUCUGAUCAGUAACAUAAGUUAA